GAUAUAUAUUUCUUCAAAACCAUUAACAUGAUUAUUGGAAUAGUGACACUGUUGUUCGUUUAUGUGAAAGCUAUCCCAGAGGUAAACCAUCUGAUUGAAAUUGACCAUAUGGGACGCAAAGUUGCUAUGGAUGUUAUACAUGAUACCGAAGAAAAGACUGUGAUUGCUAUCGUUGGCGACGUGUGUAAAUACAAGAAUGGCGUCCCGACAGUUAAUUUUCACGAUUAUAGCACGGGUUAUGGUGCGCUGAAAAAUAUAAACAAGCAAACGUGUAUUAUCACGAAAUCACCCGUGCCCAUGGCAUCAGACAGAAAAUAUAGAAUCGGGUGGACCACCGAGGUGCACGACCACAUUCUAAACAUCGUGAAUACCAAAAUGACGUAUGAAGAAGUAAAGGCCUUAGCUGGACACAAAGUUGCAGCGUUUUGUAAAGAUUACAGGUCAAUGCAUGCUACGGUUUCUCCUGUAACAAAGCAGCGGAGAGAUGCAGAUUUCACUUCAUCAAGUGCCAUGAGCUACAUGUGGUGUGUAUUUUCCAGCUGUUCUACCAGGGCUACAGAUGCGCUUUGAAAAAAACCCUGAAAAUAAAU